GUUCAGCUCCACCUCAACUCUAACUCGUAAAGCUUCAGCAUUCUUUCAAUCUUCUCUUCUUUUUCUUCUUCUUGGGGCUCGCUACUGUUAAGAUUCUCGUCAAUGGGGAGCCAACAGCAAGCCACCGUAACAGCAACUAUGGCAGCGGUGGUGGUGCUGAUGGUAUUGUGCGGGAGUGUCAACGGAGAGUCGCCGUCGCCGUCUCCGGCCAAGGGGAAGAAUAAGGUGUGCACUAAGGGGUGGGAGUGCAAGAACUCCGUCUACUGCUGCAACCAAACCAUAUCGGAUUUCUUCCAGACCUACCAGUUCGAGGAUCUCUUCGCAAAGAGAAACUCUCCCGUCGCGCACGCCGUCGGCUUCUGGGACUACCAUUCCUUUAUCACCGCCUCCGCCCUCUACCAACCCCACGGCUUCGGCACCACCGGCGGCAAGCUCAUGCAGAUGAAGGAGGUGGCUGCUUUCCUUGGCCAUGUUGGCAGCAAAACGUCAUGUGGUUAUGGAGUGGCUACAGGCGGGCCAUUGGCCUGGGGUCUGUGCUACAACCAUGAAAUGAGCCCAAGCCAGUCUUACUGUGAUUCCACAGAUUAUGUGUACCCAUGCACCCCUGGUGUUGAGUACUACGGCCGGGGGGCCUUGCCCAUCUACUGGAACUACAACUAUGGCACCAUUGGUGAAGCCUUGAAGGUGGACUUGCUGAGCCAUCCUGAGUACAUUGAGAACAAUGCCACCCUUGCCUUCCAAGCUGCCAUAUGGAGGUGGAUGACCCCAAUGAAGAAGAAGCAACCCUCCGCCCACGACGUCUUCGUCGGCAACUGGAAGCCCACCAAGAAUGACACCUUGGCCAAGAGGGUCCCUGGUUUUGGGUCUACCAUAAACGUGCUCUAUGGAGAUCUGGUUUGUGGGCAGGGGGAUGAGGACUCCAUGAACAACAUCAUCUCACACUACUUGUAUUACCUUGACCUGAUGGGUGUUGGCCGAGAGCAGGCAGGACCCCAUGAAGUACUCAGCUGUGCAGAACAAGAAGCUUUCAACCCAUCUUCUUCUCCUGCUUCAGCUUCAUAAGUCACCAGCUCAUGAUCAUCAAUGGAUUACUAGCUACUAUUUGUAUUUUGUAUUAUAUACACAACCCCAUCUGUUUGUCCAAACUCCAGACUGAUCAGGUGAGCCUCUCACUGAGGGUCUCCAUCAAUAAAGGCCAAGGGUUUAUAAAUGUGGCUAUUUUGGGAUUGGUUGCUAGACAGAAACUUGUUUGUAGUUUAUCAUGUUUUAUUGCUGCUCAACUGUGAAGACUGUUGAAUGUUCAUGGUUUGAAAGAAAGAAGGAAAAGUAUGUAAAACAAGUUAUAUCACCUAUCAAGAAGGAAUUGAAGUAUAUAUCUCUGUUUAUGCACUAUA